AUGUUUGGUUUACACUUAAACGUUUUCAAAACUAAAGUUUUAGUAUUCUCCAGGACACGAAUAAACGUGCAUUUGUAUGCCAAGGGACAAAUAUUAGAGCAGGUAACGUCCAUAAAAUAUUUGGGAGCAAAUGUCAAUGGCCAAUCUAUUUCUCCCGAAGAACGGUUGGCCAUAACAUUAAGGUAUCUGGCUACCGGAGAUACAUUUUAUACAAUAGGCCAUAGUUUUAGAGUCGGGUUUUCGACUGUAAGUGCCAUAGUUGUAGAAGUUUGUGAAGCUUUAUGUAGAAAUUUGCAACAUAUUUACUUGCCCGAACCAACUACAGAAAUAUGGAAAAAAUCUGAAGAAGGUUUUAGAAAUACCUGGCGAUUCCCAAAUUGUAUUGGUAGCAUCGAUGGCAAGCAUGUUACUAUCAAGUGUCCAGACAAAACAGGAUCUAAUUAUUGGUGUUAUUUGAAUAAGUUUUCUACAGUAUUAAUGGCUAUUGUUGGCCCAGAUUAUAGAUUCAUUUCAGUUGAUAUUGGCGGUUUUGGUAAAAACAGCGACGGUGGAAUAUUCGAAGCUUCCAACAUGGGAAGAAGAUUUGAAACAAAUCAGAUGGGUGUACCUGAGCCGAAAAAUCUCCCAGGCCAGAAUGAACUUUCCCCCCAUGUCUUAAUUGGAGACGAAGCCUUUGCACUAAAACCAUACUUGUUGAGGCCCUUUCCAUACAGUCAAAGCAGAACAGAUAUUUUCAAGGAAAAUUAUAAUGUGAGGCUCUGUAAAGCGAGAAGAGUAGUAGAAAACGCUUUCGGAAUAUUGGCACAAAAAUGGCGUAUAUUCUACAGACCAAUGGAAACAAAAAUUGAUACUAGUAUUCUCAUUGUGAAAACUGCAUGUAUUUUGCAUAAUUUUUUAAGGACAAAAAAAUGUGAUGAUAGAUUCAUAGAACUUUUAGAUCCACCAGAGCCUGAACUUGGAGCAUUUCAAAAUUUGGACAAUGACCCAAGGAGAGCUGCAAGACUGGCAUUUUCUGUUCGAGAAAAAUUUGCCACGUAUUUUAAUUCAGGACUAUGAAUAAAUUGUUCACGAUGAAAAUAAUGGACUCUUCUUGCAGUAAAUAUAGUAUUGUUUAGGCCUCUGCUUUUCUUUAGUCUUAGAUGUAGAAAAAUAAACCAAUACAAAUCGUAAAACUACUCACCA